AUGAAGGAAAUGAAGUACCUGUACGGAGGGGCUAAAGCAAAGCAGUUAUUCUUGCCCUCUAGAGCUAUAUUAGAGCAAGCUCUAAAAAUACCUAUACUAUUUGACGACUGGAGAAAGGUGUGCAUGCCAACAGAGUCAGCACCAUCUCGGCCAUCUUUGACCUGGUGCUCGUCCGAAGCCUCGAGGAUCGUGGAGUCAGUCAUGGGUGGUGGACCGCAAAGGCCGGCAAACAAGCCCUUCCCAGCCACUGGCAGCCCCACCCCCUUCAUCGUUCCUGCCGUCUUCAGUCACAGACCCACAGCGGUUGGUGGGCUGCCUUCCGACAUAAACGCGCAUUGCGCCAGGCAUCCCCGCAGAACGAAGGCAGGGGUCCAUCGUGGUGGUUGCCGAUUAAGUACAUCGCGUAUAUGUCCUGCAUCGGCCGGUUACGAAUACAGAGCAGUAUUAGAUAUCCCUCUGUUAACUGCUAGACUAACUAGUUUAGCUAGCUACUUUAUAUAG